AUGAAGUUGUCUUCUCUCAUUGUUCCCUGUCUGGCUUCUCUGGCCCUGGCCCAGACCAACGCUACUGCCCACAACAGCACGGUUCCCCACGAGAACUCCAAGACCACCAUCGUCGUUACCAACGACGAUUCCUGGGCCUCUGCCAACAUUCGGGCCUUCUACGAUGCUCUCAAGAAGGAGGGCUACAACGUGUUCAUGUUUGCUCCUGCUGUGCAACAGUCCGGAACUGGAGGUACCUUCAACCUGCCUACCAAUGCUACUCUGGCCAAGGGAGCCGAGUGGCAGACUGCCCCCGCUGGCGCUCCCUCUUGGGCUCACGACGAAAAAGACGAUCACAUCUGGUACUUUGACGGCACUCCUGGAGCCGCCGUGUCGUUCGGUUUUGACUACGCUCUGCCCAAGUUCUACCCCAACACUACUGUUGAUCUCGUUGUCUCCGGACCCAACGAGGGCUGGAACCUCGGCCCCUUCGUCUACACUCUGUCUGGAACCGAGGGAGCCAUGUACACCUCUAUUCUUCGAGGAGUUCCUGCAGUGGCCUUCUCCGGAAACAACGACCACACCUACUACGCCAACGCUUCCAACUCCGAAACUUCUGCCCACAAGAUCUACGCCAAGGCCUCCACUGCCAUUGUCAAGAACCUGCUGGAGAACGCCAAGGGCCGACCCUCUGUGCUUCCCAUCGGAGUCGGCAUUUCUGUCAACCUCCCCAACGUUGGAGAUAUUGAUCCCACUGGCAAGUGUGUGGACCCCAAGCCCAUCUUCACCCGUCAGACCGGACGAGGAGCGGCCACCUACAAGCUUAUCUUCAACGAGACCAGUGGAGUCUUUGAUGAAGACGAGAACCUCAAGACUGACGCUCUGCGGGCAUGUUUCAACGGUGACUGCUUCUUGCCUGAUGAGACAGAUGUGGUCACCAAGUGGGGCUGCUACUCUUCUAUUUCUGUCAUCACUGCUGACUACGAUGCUCCUGGUGGUGUGGCUGCCGAGGUUCAGUAUCUGAACCGAAACCUGGUCACUUUUGCUCCCACUGGUUACGGCUCCUUCCCGGGACGAAAGUGA